UAUAAGUGGGGCUAGCCCUGAGGGAAGACACACAGCAACUUCUCCACUGCCAAGCAGAUUCUCUCCUUGACCAGCCAAGAACACUACAAGCACAACCAUGUCUAUCACUGACAUCCUCUCCGCAAAGGACAUUGAUGCUGCUCUGACCUGUGUACAGGAAUCAUUUACAUACAAGACCUUCUUCCAAAAGGUCGGUUUGGCUGGAAAAACCCCUGACCAGGUCAAGAAAGUCUUCGAGAUCCUUGACAGGGACAGGAGUGGAUACAUUGAGGAAGAUGAGCUCCAGCUUUUCCUCCAGAACUUCAAGUCUGGUGCCAGAGCUCUGAGUGAUGCUGAGACCAAGGCAUUCUUGGCAGCUGGUGACUCCGAUGGUGAUGGCAAAAUUGGAGUAGAUGAGUUCCAGGCUCUGGUAAAGGCAUAAACAGCCUAAGACCAAAGACAAGGAUUGAACCCUCAUUUCUCACCCAACCGACACCUCAUCCACAGCUGGCCCUUAUUUGUGCAUUUUUAUACUGUCUCAUGGCAUUGGUAAAAUGUGUUAACGCUUUUUUGGGACUAUCGAAAGAUCUUACAAUGUACAGAUUUUCUGUUCAUUCGGUGUUAUGUCAUAAGUAUUUAUGGAUGGAACUUAAAAGAUUUUGACCAAUCACAAUGUUGAAGUUGUGGCUGGAAGAUGGAAAAAACAAAAAUAAAAAUAUCUUUAAAUAAAAAAAAA